AUGCAACUGGAUAAGUCUCAACAGUUACCUGAUAAUCAGUCAUUAGCACAUGCAAUUCUUACUAGUCUCCAGCCUAAAGAUUCGUCUUCAGAUGAUCGACGGAUUCGCAGAAGUCGUACAGCUUUCAGUGAAGAACAAUUAGAUGAAUUGGAGAAAUCUUUUAUUAUGUGUGCAUAUCCUGAUAUUACGCAAAGAGAAAAACUAGCAAAAGAAACUCAUCUUCCGGAGGCUAGAAUACAGGUAUGGUUCAAAAAUCGCCGUGCGAAGCAAAGAAAACGCCAACGCAACCAGUGCUCUGAAACUCCCGAUGAAUGCAAUGAGAAGGCUGAGGACAACAAAAAAAAUACAGUAAUAACUUGGACUCCAGGAACAGCGUUCGCUAACUUCUUCCAUUCUCCAUUAUUGAAUCAACAACAGUUCUUACAGUAUCCAUCUCUACUUUCUUUUCCUCAUACACAGAUUAGUCAUCUAGCAGCUACUCUUCCCAACCAGUCUUUUAAGAUGUGA